AUGUCGAACGUCGCAAACCCCGAGCUCCAGGAGCAGAUCGACAAGGUCGCCGCUGCGAAGCAGACCCAGCAGACACACCCUGCCCAGAAGAAUGUGCUUGUGUCCGCCCAGAAGCUGCAGAAGAACCGCCGUCUCCCGGCCACCAUGAUCACGCCGUCCGGUGGCAUUGAGACGAGUAAGAAGAAGGGUGGAAAGCAGGUUCGCGGAAAGGGAAAGAGGAAGCAGAGUGAUCUCGCGAAGGAGAAAGCGCUGGAACGCAUGGAGAAGCUCGAGACCAAGGUCAGGGCUCGUGAUGAGAAGCAGGCUAAGCGGAAACGCGCCAAGCUCGCUUGGGAGUAG